GCUUCGAGCGAGAUCGAGAAAUGUAUGGCGGCUGCAGGUACGAAGCAGACCCAACAGGUUGUUCGACAAAGUUUUCUGUGGUGUAUGGCAGCCAUUUACUUAUUUGCUUUUACGUCACUGUACGUGCAAAUACCAGGUCUUUAUGGAAAUAAUGGAAUUCUCCCUGCAAGUUACAUAUUGCACAACUUAUCAUCAUGUACAGAUAAGAGUGCCUCAUGUUCUUUGUGGGCUUCUUCAGGAGAGUGCGACAGAAAUAUAAGAUGGAUGACGGAGAACUGUAUGAAGUCCUGUAACAGUUGCCAUGUUUUGGACACAUCAUUCAGCUCGCUGUUUAGAAACACACCCACGCUUUUAUGGAUGACUCCAUACCUAGGCUUGGACACGCCCACUGGAAUGGAGUUCUUAUGUGUCAUUGGCAUUGCACUGUCAAUUAUUCUGCUUGUGUCCCAGAGAUGCAGGGACUGCUUGGGAUACCUGACGCUAUGGUUUCUUUACUACUCCAUGCUACCUGUUGGCCAGAUAUUCCUACGAUAUCAAUGGGAUGCACUGCUAUGGGAAUCAGGUUUUCUGGCCUUCUUGGUUGCCCCUUGGAACAUUGUUCUGCUUCCCUGGAAAUGUGGCAAAUACACGUUAUUUAGGUGCAGGCGCUUCAGCAGAAACACCUCAAGGCAUCAUGACAGUGUCAACCUGUGGUUGGUGAAGUGGCUUUUAUUUCGUUUGAUGUUUGCCUCAGGAGUUGUUAAGCUGACAUACAUGGACACAACAUGGUGGGAUCUCAGUGCACUCAACUGGCAUUACGAGUCACAGUGCAUCCCCACUCCAGUUGCUUGGUAUUUCCAGAAACUUCCCGCUUGGUUUCACAGGCUCAGCGUUGUCUUGACAUAUGUCAUCGAGAUCGGAAUCCCUUUCCUGGCGUUUGCUCCUGUACGAAUUCUUCGUGUGUUUGUUUAUUGUAGCGAGGUGUUCCUGCAGCUGCUAAUCCUUCUCACUGGCAAUUACAACUUCUUCAAUUUGCUGACGAUCGUCCUGUGUGUAUCAUUAUUGGACGACAAGUGUAUUCUUUCUCGCAUCCAAUGUUUCCUCUGCAAAAGAUGCGUGCGUUCCAGUUGUUUGAAGGCGGCAAAUCAGCGGACAAAAACCAAGACUCACCCUGAAUAUACAGAAGUCAAACAAGAGGACAGCUUGGAUGACGUCGCGGAGGAAAAACCACACUUGAAAAAAAGUAAAGUUGCAGAUGUCGAGGAGGCGAGGAGCAGUGUUUCUAAGAGAGCAAGUUCUAUGGACGCGACCUCUCAAACGAAAGAUAAAACUGGCCCAGAAGAAACUUCAACAGCCUCCCAGCUCGUAGAAUACGUCCUAGAUUGGAUGAAUACGCGUCACGAGAAUUCCAAAUUCACUCGAGCAAGAGAAUUCCUGCAUAGCAAGAUGUUUGGCUGGAUCAAGAUGGCCGCCAUCUCAAUCUCUUUCCUCGCUGUGUUGAUAGUUAUUAUAGUCUGUACUGUCAAGUGGUUUGGUAUUAAGGUAACAAAACAGGAGCCAGUCCACUGUGAAACAGCAUUUACUGCGGAGCAGCUUGUAAACGCCGUUCAAAUCGCCACACAGUUUGCAAUGUGGAUAGGCUUUUUGUCUCUUCUCGUUGAAAUACUGGGAGUCAUCAUUAGAUGUCUAUUGGAGCAGUGUGGUAGACGCGUAAAAUUAUGGCAGUUGUUCCAGUGUGUUGUCUUCUCUGCUGUCGCUUUAUUAAUGUUUGCUGUUAGCUUGUAUUCCUUCACAGCAGUCGAUCGUGUUGUCCAGCGGAGCCUUCCUAAAACAUUUGUUAAUCUGUAUCGAGAUACUGCUUACCUGGAAUUGACCAAUGCGUACGGCCUUUUCAGGAGCAUGACUGGGGUUGGUGGUCGCCCAGAGCUUAUCAUCUUAGGCAGCAAUUCAUUAGAUGGCCCGUGGAAGGAAUACAACUUCUUAUACAAGCCCGGGAAUAUUUAUCAACCGCCCCCUUUUGUUGCACCGCAUCAGCCUCGCUUGGACUGGCAGAUGUGGUUUGCAGCCUUGGAGUCGUACAGUGAAAAUCCUUGGUUUCUUAGCCUGCUUCAUAAGCUUUUGUUAGGACAACCAGAUGUCUUACAUCUUAUGGGAAAAAGCCAUUUUGGUGAAACUCCCCCAAGGUUCAUCCGCGCUCAAUUGUACUUGUACCAUUACACACAAAAUACCUCCAGUUUAUGGCAAGUUUUAUUCCAUCCAAGUGGUGAAAAAACUUGGUGGACCCGUGAGUUUACAAGAGAAUACUUGCCGUUCGUCGUCAGUAACAGCUCGUUGUCAACUUUGGAAGGCAUGUUACAGAAGCAAGGAAUUUAUAGGCCUAAUUUCAAGCCAGAGGUCACGUGGGGCUUUCUGUACCCGUUCAUCCGGGACUUGAGAAAAGCUCACAGACGAGUGGCCCCGACCACUCUCAUCAAUGCUCUUCUCUUCACAGUGGUCACGUGUCUUGUGCUGAAGGUUUGGUGGAGGAGGACUGGAAGGAAGUUUUGCUCUCUUUCCUUAACAAGCGUUCAAGACAAGAGAGACAAGAGCAAGCCACCUUCGAGAAACGCUGAACAGAAUGAGCAAGAGGGUUUGGUAGAAUCCAAGAACAGCAAGGCAACUUGUGGUAAAUGUGUCCAUUGUGUUAGCUACAUGGAUAAAUUGCGUGCGAUGUUCAAGGAAGCGCGUAAGGAAAUUGCGAUUUGGUGUGGGCUUGUGUACUGUAAACUUCAGGAAAAUUACCAAAGAUUCAAGGCUCUGUGGAAGAGUAGAAUGCCUUCUGUUAAGAAAAAAGCAUAGAUUGAAAGAAGCGCUGAACCUCGUUUUCCUCUCGAGAAUUCGCCAGGGCUAAGCAUCCGUGCCGUCAACCGUUGCACAGUAAAUGGCGACAGCCGAUCUACCAUUACAAGCGUUAUUCAUCCUCGGCAACAAGAUAAUGUGAAGUAUGGUGUUCUCUUGAGCUGACAAAGCUCCAGACUACCCACAUCCAAGAAGGUGCAAGAAACAAAGUGGUCCUCACUCCUUUUACAACAUACUUGACUUGAUCAGUCACAAGAACAAGAUCAAGAGAACAAGAAACCAUUUGCUGAUUAGAGACCCAUCUACUAGGGCUCAUCUUGUGAGCGCAGAAAACAAAUGCCUCUUAUAAAUGCAUAAAACACCAAUAACAAUUUAAUUUAUUUAUUCAUAGUAUUUGAAUUUUUAUUUAAAAACAAAGUGAAUGGAAAUUA